ACCCCAUUGUGAUUAUAUCGUCUUGACGAGGUGCAUACCCGACGGCCGAAUCGAGCGACAAUAAUUUACGGUAAUUCACGAUGAAAUUGCAAGUGACAGAUUAGUUAACGAUCGGUGAGCAGUUCGUGAUAUCGCGGACGAUAUUUUCGUUGCGAGUGGCUUUCCCACUACUCGCACUCAACGAGACCAGCACGUAUAUAGGUGUUCGAUGAUUGCGUGCUGUCAUCGCCCCGACUGCGUAAAUUGAGGGCUGCAAUUAUCUUUGAUAGUGAUAAUAAAGCUCAUUGCUAUCUCAGUGGUAACUAAAUGGUGAAGAUGACUCCGCUCGACGAAGGAAGGAUCAGACAGGGUUUGGCUAGGUAUCAAAAUCCAGAUAUAACCAAAAAGCAUGUAGUGAGUGUCCUGAAUCUUUACAAAGGCUUGCAGUAUGAGAUCGAGCCCUUUGUCUUCAAUGAUGGCUCCCGUAAGGAAUUGAUCAAUUUACAAGGAACAAUACCUGUUGCUUAUAAAGGUGCCUACUAUAACAUUCCAAUAUGCAUAUGGUUGAUGGACACACAUCCUAAUAAUGCACCCAUGUGUUAUGUCAAACCAACCGCAGACAUGAACAUCAAAGUCAGUAUGUUUGUGGAUCACAAUGGCAAAAUCUACUUGCCAUAUCUUCAUGAUUGGGUACCUCAUAAUUCUGAUUUGCUUGCUUUAAUCCAAGUAAUGAUCGUUACUUUUGGAGAACAGCCUCCAGUUUAUGCCAAGUCAAAGAUGGAGAUACAGCAGUCCACUUCUACGCCAUAUCCUGUUCAACCAUUCAUGCCUGUGCCGGGUAGUGGAAACGUGUCUGGCUCUGGUUUUCCGCCGUACCCAGCAAAUUCCCAAUAUUCUAGCAGCAGCAAUGUGUAUCCACCAUAUCCAACUAGUGCAUCAUCGGGCUUCCCGUAUCCAAGCUCUUACGGCUCUUAUGCAGGAAACACUUCCGGUUAUCCGACGCAGGGUUACACUGGUUCAUAUCCACCGUAUCCGCCAUCCACGCAACCGUCACCAACGGUGCAACCUGGUUCCGGCAGUUCCGGCACGAUCACAGAGGAGCACAUAAGAGCGUCCCUGCUGUCUGCAGUGGAGGAUAAGCUUCGGCGACGCUUAAAGGAGCAGUUCUCGCAGCUGCAGGCCGAGCUGGAGACGCUGCGGCGGACGCAGCAAGAGCUAACGAGCGGCUCGUCGCAUCUUUCUGAUUUGUUCGAGAAAUUAAAGAGAGAGAAACAGGAACUCGAGAAGAAUGUAAAUAUCUUGCAGGAUAAAGAGGCGGAGUUAGAGAAGGAGAUCUCCAAGUUGUCUGAUAACCAAUCGAUAGAUGUCGACGAAGCUGUUACUACCAUAGCACCAUUGUAUAAACAGAUGUUAAACGCUUUCGCCGAAGAAGCAGCCACGGAGGAUGCGAUAUAUUAUCUCGCUGAGGGACUUCGGUCUGGCAUCAUCGAUUUGGACGCGUUCCUGAAGCAAGUCCGACAGUUGUCGCGCAGGCAAUUCAUGCUGCGGGCAUUGAUGCAGAGAUGUCGACAAAAAGCUGGUUUGGCCGGCUAAGAUUUUUCUCGCGUGCAUCGUUUUAGAGUUGCAAUAUUCCAUUUUAUUACAAAAUAUA